AUGUCUUCGCUUUCGUUUCUCCUGAAUACAUCGGCCGAGAAAGACAGUUCGGGUAGUUUGGCCGCGCUCGGCUGUUUUCAUGGAAGGUAGCGCUGGUGCCUCGACGCCUCUCGUCUCUGCUCCGACAACAAGUGCCAAGGAGAAAGAGGGAAUUACCCAGAAUGCUGGAAAUAACUCUUCUUCAGAAGCGAACAGCAGUGAAGUAACUUACACAGAUGAAAGUGAUCCGGAUUACUCCUUAGGAAAUGGCCGAACAACAAAUGUGGGAAAGAGAAAGAGAAAGCAUCGAAUGCAAUAUACUGAAAGAUGGAAAGGUAGAAGAAUUCGAAAAGUAAAACGAAGGCAGAUUAAAAUUCAAGAGGAGGAUUUGCAGGGCUCCACCCUUCUUGUGCACUGUGGAAAACUUAAAGGUGUUUUGUAUAAGGAGAAAUUUGCAGCAGGAAUUUCACAGAAGUCCAUCAAGGGUUCUGAUGGAAAGUGGUUCACGCCACCAGAAUUUGAGGCUGAAGGAGGACGUGAAAGCUGGAAAGCUUGGAAAAGAAGUAUCUACCAUAAUGGGUUUCCUUUACAAAAAUUAAUAGUGAGUGGAAAACUUCAUAAUCCAAAACGAAUAUAUGGCAGGAGGAAAAAGGUAAAGAAUCCAUCGAUAUCAUUUUGCGAAUCAGCCCAGUUCCAGUCAUCAGAAUGCUACCAUAAUUGAGGGCAUGGAUUCCCUGGAUGCCCACAUAUGCGAACUUCAUUGAAGUUUUGAUCCUUUGGGGAAUGACAUGGCUACUGUGAAGAAUAGAGACAGUCAGUUACUGAGCUUCAUUUCUCCCA